AUGGCAUCAAUGGAUGCUCUAGGGGCCUUCACCUAUAUGAGAGACAAUCUUCCUGCAUGGAUCACCCGCGUCUCAGAGCUUGCUACACACACCCACAAGAGACACGACGAGUACUCUGAAGCUUACAGACGCCACGUAAACUUCAAGCCCCGCCGACGGAAAAAUAGCUCGGUUUGCUCCAUUCAUACCGAUGACCUCGUUCCGAUCGCACAAAGAAAGAGUCCCAGCCCAGAACCUGUGGUAGUUGGGACAUCGCAGGAUGCGCCCGAGCAAGGCCAACGUUCAGAUCGCAAGCGCACCACAGAUGAGGCUCCAUCAGUCGAGUCCAAUGAAGAAUACAACUCGUUGGUAAGCACACGGCACAAUGUCAUCAUCGAGUAUGAUGGCCAUACACAACAAACACUUGAGGCAAUUGUACGCGAUAUCGGGGUGGCCAGGAACAACAUCAGACGAGGGCAGAUGUCAUUGAUGCCACGUACAGGGCUGCGAGCGAGCUUGUUGAGCAAAGGCGUGAUGAAUAUGCCAAGUGCACUAGGACAGACAGGCCCACUCUCUUGUGUUCGCAGUACUCGACUCACAUCUGGGCUUGUCGGUAUCUCCGGGACCAGCGCACUUCGGAGAGACUCCCCUUUUGACUAUGCAGACAAGCAGCUGGAACUUGCCCAUUCGCUUUGCGAGACGGCAUCUUACCAAGUCCUUCGAUCUGGCGAUUGUGGAACGGAACUGGACGGGGUCGAGGAGAAGUUCAAGAUGCUCCUCGCGACGGCUAUCAACGAGAUCGACCGUAUCACGGCAGAAAAGAAGCAGCAAGAAGAACAGGAGCAACAGCAGCAAGAAGGGACCGCGGAAGAGGGACCUCCCAAACCGCCCCCUACCCCCUCCGCAGCGCGACUCGCAAUGGUUGCUUCUCUUGCAAUGAACAAGCCCUCGAUGGCCACGGCAGGCACCAUUGAAGUCGAUGAUAACUCGUCUCUCUCGGCUGAAUCGAUUGAUCUCUCUGCAUUCCGGUCCUCUCGGAUCUGA